AAAUAUAGUUUUUUUUUGGCAAUUUUCUUCCAAACUCUUCAUCUCUUUUUUCUUGAUCAUCAAUCAUUUCAUAAUGACUCCCCCAAUUUAUUGAGAAAAAAAUAAUAAUAAUAUAUGGAGGGAGGUGGAGAGGAAGAAGGGUCAUUGGAAUAUACACCAACAUGGGUGGUUGCUGCUGUAUGCACAGUCAUUGUUUCUAUUUCUCUUCUUGUUGAACGUCUCAUCCAUUACGCUGGCAAGCGUCUGAAGAAGAAGAAACAAAAGCAUCUGUAUGAAGCCCUACAGAAAGUUAAAGAAGAGUUGAUGCUGUUGGGGUUUAUUUCUCUGCUGUUAACAGUAUUUCAAAGUCGUAUUGUUGAAAUCUGCGUGCCUCCUCAUGUUGUAACACACUUACUUCCCUGUGCGUUAUCGUUGGAGCAUACUUCAUUUUCACCUCCAACUCCACCUCCGCCUCACGAAGAGCCUCAGGUUAACAAUCAGGCGGUUCACUAUCAUGCUGGUCCUCACCAUCUACGGCAUUUGCUUGAAGAAGAAACAAUUUCAGCUGAGGGUUACUGCCGUCAUAAAAAUACGGUUCCGUUACUAUCUCUUGAGGCGUUGCAUCACCUUCAUGUUUUUAUAUUUGUCCUAGCUAUUGUGCAUGUGACAUUCUCUGUUUUGACUAUUGUAUUUGGAGGAGCAAAGAUACGUCAAUGGAAGCAAUGGGAGGAUGCAAUCGUAAAAGAUGAUAAUGAAUCCGAAGAUGCUCAUUUGAAGCCAACAGUUACUCAUGUAUAUGAACAUGAUUUCAUCAGGAAUCGGUUUCAGGGUAUGGGUACACAAUCAGCCAUUUUGGGUUGGGUGCGUUCUUUCUUCAAGCAAUUUUACGCUUCUGUCAACGAAUCAGACUACAGAGCGCUUCGUUUGGGAUUCAUUAUGACACAUUGCAAGGGAAAUCCAAGAUUCAAUUUUCAUAGGUACAUGAUACGUGCACUGGAAGACGAUUUUAGGACAGUUGUUGGUAUCAGUUGGUAUCUCUGGAUAUUCGUAAUCCUCUUCUUGUUGCUAAACAUUAACGGUUGGCAUACAUAUUUCUGGAUUGCUUUCUUUCCUUUUAUUCUUCUGCUCUCUGUGGGAACAAAGUUGGAGCAUGUGAUUCUACAGUUAGCUCAUGAAAUUGCUGAGAAACAUGUAGCUAUAGAAGGCGAAUUGGUUGUAACACCAUCUGAUAAUCACUUUUGGUUCGAUAACCCUCAAAUCAUCCUCUUCUUUAUACAUUUUAUUCUCUUCCAAAAUGCUUUUGAAAUAGCAUUUUUCUUCUGGAUUUUGUUCCAAUAUGGCUUUCACUCCUGCAUUAUGGGAAAAUAUGUCUUUGUGAUUCCACGGCUCGUCAUAGGGGUAAUCAUUCAAGUUUUAUGCAGCUAUAGUACACUGCCACUUUAUGCUCUAGUUACACAGAUGGGGAGUCAUUAUAAGAAAUCGAUGUUCGAUAAUCAUGUUCAAGCAUGUCUUAUGGAAUGGGCUGAGAAGGCGAAAAAGAAGAAGGGACAUAAGUAUGGUAGAGACGGCUCUACCCGUUCAAAUGACGGUUCUGUUUUUGAAGCAUCACUGUCUGUAAAUGACCACAAACAUCUCCCUCAAAAUGGGGUUUAGGAAACAUUUUGAUCAAUGUCAUUUGAACAAUGUUUUGUAAAAGUUAGGUAUGAUCCAGUAUACCAGUUACUGAAUAUAUAUAUAUAUGUAUGAUAAGAGCGCCAAAAAGCUAUAGAUUUUUACUGUGCAAGAUGAACUGAAAUGGAGAAUCAUGGUUGGUGGAAUUCAGAACGUUUGAUCUUGUUUAGGACUGAGGCAUGGUUAUCUUAGGCUAUUGCUGAGGUGAAGGGGGGUUUUGUAUAUGCGUUCCCUUGACGGUUCGAUGUAAAAUUAAAUGGAUAUAUUAAGUUUUACUUAGAUAUAAGUAAAAUGUACCAUUUGUCUACA